AUGCCAGAUAGUAAAAAGACAUCGAACCCUGACACGACAGAUGAAGCAGUAAAGACCCAAGGAUGGGCUGCCUAUCUUCGAAUGUUCCAUUACGCCGAUCGGCCAGGUAUUGCGCUGUAUACAGUUGGAAUGAUUUGUAUGGCAGCUUCGGGGACCGCCUUACCACUACUUGAUCUUAUUUUUGGUCAAUUUGUCAAUACCUUCAACGACUUUGCGGUUGGCAAUAUCUCUGUCGGCCACUUUCGCGCUGAAAUCGCACAAGCUAGUCUGUAUCUUGUCUACCUGGCGAUUGCAAAAUUGGUUGUAUUCUAUGUCGGAACGAUCGCUUUCUCAUUCGCUGCAAUGCGAACAGUCAGAGCAUUGCGCAUUGACUGUAUCAACAGAACCCUGAGGCAAGAGGUUGCUUUCUUCGACAAUGGCAACACUGGCGCUAUUGCUGUCCGCUUGAGCACAAAUUCGAGUCAUAUACAGCAAGGAAUGGCAGAAAAGCUGGGGUUAAUAGUCCAAGCCAUCAGUGCGUUGAUUACAGCUUUUGUUGUGGCUCUUGCAGUACAAUGGAAGCUUGCUCUUAUCACAAUCUGCAUCAUACCAGCCAUCGUCAUCACGACCGGCAUUGGUAUUGCUAUUGAUGCCUCGCAGGAAAACAGAUGUAUGAAGCUGUACGGCAAAGCAGGUUCUCUUGCCACGGAAACAUUUUCGAGCAUUCGUGUAGUUCACGCUUAUUGGUCCCAGCCCAGGAUGAUCGAGAGACACAACCAGAUUCUGGACGAUGCGCAAAAGCAAGGCAUGCGGAAGUCAUUAAAUUGGGGCUUGCUGUACGCCAACGAGUUUUUCUUCGUAUUUGCUGGCUAUGGUUUGGCCUUCUGGCAAGGCAUUCAUAUGUAUGCUAGGGGCGAAAUCGAAGCCCCCGGCAAAAUCAUAACAGUUAUAUUCGCUGUCCUUGUCGCCGCGCAAUCUGUGACUCAAGUCGCUCCCCAGAUGCAAGUUAUUGCAAAAGCGGCAAGUAGCGCUGAGGAACUCCUCGAGGUGAUUGACAGGCAGUCUCUUCUGGAUCCGCUGGACAAUAAAGGGCAGUGUCCGCAGUCGAUCCAAGGAGAAAUAGAGCUUACUGCUUUGAAUUUUUCUUAUCCCGCUAGACCCGAUAUUCGAGUCCUCGACGAUUUCUCAUUGAGAGUUCCAGCAAACAGCACAACCGCCUUGGUUGGCGCAUCGGGAUCUGGCAAAUCUACUAUCGUAGGCUUGAUGGAGCGUUGGUAUGAACCAGAGUCUGGAACCAUCAAAAUCGAUGGGCGAGACGUCCGUGAACUUGACGUUCAGUGGCUUCGCACACAGGUCAGGUUCGUCCAACAAGAGCCGGUGCUUUUCAACACAACAAUCUAUCAGAAUGUACGACUAGGUCUUGUUGGAGCAGCAGAUCUGCCGGAGCAAGAAAUUGAAGCCAGGGUGGUACAAGCUUGUCGAGAUGCAAACGCAGACGACUUCAUCAGGAACCUUCCCGAUGGCUAUCAGACUGUGGUCGGCGAACGAGCUAGUAUGCUUUCAGGAGGCCAGAAACAGCGGAUCGCGAUCGCUCGAAGCAUCAUAUCGAACCCCAAGAUCCUUCUCCUGGACGAAGCGACCAGUGCUCUGGACCCCGAAGCAGAGAAACAAGUACAGAGUGCUCUUGAUAGACUGCAAGGCUCGAGGACUACAGUUGUCAUUGCUCACAAGCUUUCGACUGUCAAGAAUGCCGAUCGAAUUGUCGUGCUUGACAAAGGUGUGAUCAAGGAGCAGGGAACUCAUGCGGAGCUUCUGAGCCAGAAAGGCGCCUAUUAUCGUCUUGUGAUGGCACAAGAUCUGGGAAAUGACGAUCAAACUGCCAAAGAAGACCCCGAAGCCACGGACACAGACAUUAGUCACAGUUUGGCGGACAAGGAGUCUCAUGGUAUCGGAAAGGAGCUUGACAGAACUGUGAACGAAAGCGCCCGCACUCUCAACUACAGUCUGUCGAAGUGCUUUAUCAUCUUCGUCAAGGAACGUCGAGACUGCUGGAUUAACUUGUUGAUUAUCGCCGUAGUCUGUGUCAUCGGUGGCCUGACCUACCCAGCUCUGGCUAUCUUGAUCAGCAGACUUAUCACUACCUUUCAACUACAAGGCUCUGAAUUGACGAAUCGAGGAGACUUCUACGCGCUCAUGCUUUUCAUUGUUGCACUCAUCAAUGGCAUAUUGUACUUCAUUGCUGGAUAUGUUUCGAAUGUCGUAUGUCAGCAGGUUAUCUCGAGACAAUAUCGCGAAGACAUGUUCAACAACAUCAUAUAUCAAGACAUGGAAUACUUCGAUCAACCCGAGAACGGCACUGGGGCCAUUGUAUCACGCUUAUCACAAGCGCCAGCCAACCUACUCGAAUUCAUCGGCCUCAACUCUGCACUACUUUUCAUCGUGUUGGUCAUGCUAAUAUCCUCCGCCAUUACGGCCAUUAUCUUUGGGUGGAAACUGGCACUGGUCGCUAUUUUCGCUAUCAUGGUACCAGUAGUCAGCAUGGGAUACUGUCGUCUCAGAAUGGAAAUAAAACUCGAGGAGGCCACAGAGAGACUCUUCUCUGACAGCGCAGCGACUGCCUCAGAAGCAGUCUCGGCAAUCAGAACUGUGGCUUCGCUUGCCCUUGAGAAGCAUGUCAUCGAACGCUAUCAAGCACAGCUCAGGAACAUUACGAAGAGGUCCAGUAACAUGUUGCUCACGGCCAAUUUGUUCUUUGCUGUGGCACAGGCUGUCGAGUUUGCUGCAAUGGCAUUGACUCUGUGGUAUGGGGCACGUUUAAUGUCUUAUGGCGAGUACAGCACGACCCAAUUUUUCACGGUAUUUACCGCAGUUGUUUUUGCUGCCGAAGGUUCGGUACAGAUGAUCGCUUACAGUACGUCGCUUUCGAAAGCACGCGCUGGCGCGAAUGAGAUUCUCUGGCUUCGAGCUCAACAUCCACGCAUAGGCAUACACAACCAAUGCCACCAGAUACUGGUGAAUGAGAAGGAGCCACACAACUCCAUGUCUUUCGAGCUGGAGAGGGUUGAAUUUGCGUACAGCACCCGGCCUGAAACCAAGAUCAUCCAGGGUCUUGACAUCGUGGUGCACCCAGGUGAAUUUGUCGCAUUCGUUGGUGCAUCAGGGUGUGGCAAGUCGACUGUGGUAUCGCUCCUAGAACGAUUUUACGAGCCAUCUGCUGGCCAAAUCAAGCACCACGGCAAAGAGCUCAGAGAAUACUGUCCCAGAAAGUACAGAGAUGGUAUCGCGUAUGUGCAACAAGAGCCAAGUCUGUUCGACACAAGCGUUCGCGACAACAUCCUUCUCGGAGCGAUCGACUCAGCCACAGACGACGAAGUCGAAGCAGCCUGUCGUCAAGCCAACAUCUGGGACUUUGUUUCUUCUCUUCCCGAAGGGUUAGAGACUGGUUGCGGAGUUGGAGGUACACGCUUAUCUGGUGGUCAAAGGCAGCGUAUAUCAAUCGCAAGAGCACUUGUUCGCCAACCCAAAGUGCUAUUGCUCGACGAAGCAACUUCGGCACUAGAUACGGAGUCGGAAAAAUUAGUUCAGGCUUCAAUUGCUCAGGCUUCGAGUGGUCGGACUGCCAUCGCCAUUGCCCAUCGACUUUCGACGAUCAAAGAUGCAGAUAAGAUCUUUGUGUUGAGCCACGGUACCGUGGUCGAGCAAGGAAACCACCAUGAAUUGAUACAGCAACAAGGGGUGUACUUCAAGCUUUGUCAAUCUCAGUCCUUGUAA